AGAACUUAUAACAAAAGGAACAGAAUCGCUGCAACUUGCCGAUGUACUAGCUUAAGCUUACCGUAUUCCUUCAUCAACACCAUCUCCACCCUCACACAUCGUAAUGUCCACUCAACAGCACUCAGCCUUUGGCGCAGCGGAAUACAUCCCGCCUGACCCCAUCUUUGAAGUCACCAAGCGGUUCAACGCAGACCAGAACCCUCGGAAGGUUAACCUUGGGCAAGGCACAUACCGAGAUGAAAAUGCUAAGCCUUGGGUUCUUCCAUCUGUGAGGGAGGCCGAGAAGCUGAUCGUGAACCCUGGGCAUGAGUAUUUGCCUAUCGAGGGUUUGCAGGGCUUCCGGGAUGAGGCUACCAAGUUGUUGUUUCAUGACACGUCUGCGCUGAAACAGAACAGAAUUGCGAGUUGUCAAUCCAUUUCCGGAACUGGGUCUCUCCUCCUAGCAGGUCUUGUUCUCCGCAAGGCGAAUUCAGGUAUCGAGAACAUCAUCAUCACAGACCCAACUUGGUCAAACCACGAUCUUUUAUUCAAAGAAAUCGGUUUCAACGUAACAAAAGCGCCCUACUACAAAGAUCGAAGCUUCGACUUUGAAGGCUACAUCGGCGCUUUGAAGAAAGCCGAUAAGCGUUCUGCUGUUGUUCUCCACGCAUGCGCUCAUAACCCAACUGGCUGCGAUCCAACUCGUGACCAAUGGAAAGAAAUUGCAGCUGUAAUCAAGGAGAAUGGAAUCUUUCCAAUCAUCGAUUCAGCGUAUCUUGGCUUCAACUCGGGCAACUACGAUGAAGAUGCAUGGGCGAUCAAGUACAUCAUCGAAGAUCUCGGCCUUGAAGCCGCGAUCUGCAUGUCCUUCGCUAAGAACAUGGGCCUCUACGGAGAGAGAGUUGGACUUACAGCGAUCGUGACAAAGUCUGAAGACGCCAAACGAACGGUGUUCUCACUUCUUCAGAAUGCCCAGCGACAGACUGUCUCGAAUCCUCCUGUAUACGGAGCUAGGAUCGCAGCUACUGUCCUUGGAAACUCUGACCUCUCAAAGCAAUGGCAUCAAGAUCUUGUUACCAUGUCGUCGAGGAUCAGGUCGAUGAGGAAGAAGCUAUAUGAUGAGCUUGUGCGGUUGGGGACGCCGGGAGAUUGGUCGCACAUUGUGAACCAGACCGGCAUGUUCGGGUAUACUGGUAUCAGCAAACCCCAGAUUGAACGUUUGGAGGAGCAAUAUCACAUCUACAUGGCGAAUACGUCAAGGAUAAGUCUUGCGGGCCUGAAUGAACACAAUGUUGAGUAUGUAGCAAAAUCAUUAGAUGAGGUGGUUCAGAAUGUACAAAGAAACUACGAUCCAGUGCAUUACACCGCAAAUACUUUCUUUCAGUCGAAUGGUUUCUGCCUCGACCGUCUCGAACGCACGGUUCUUCAUCGGUGCUCCCGAUCCGUCAUUGACGAUGAACAAGCAGAUAACGGAUCUGAAGACUCCGCAUCGGGCCUCCCACACACCUCCUUAGAUACUUCGAGAACACGCAGAUCCCCUAAAGCUUCAAGACAACACCAUCACCCCUGGACUCAACUGCACGUUCUAAAGUCACUGGCCCUCAUCGCCCUCGUCCACUACUCCUCCACCAACGCCGCAGCAGCGCUUGAAGCAACACGCACAAACACACCCGUCGUCAAAGGCACAGAAACACCACUCUCAGAACUCCCUCCCUUAGUUCUCUACCGCUCUCUAUUGGUCAAUUCCAUAUCCUCAAGACCAUGGCUUCUCGUUCCUUCACUCCAUCUUCUUCAAAAGCUCUCCAACCCUACAAACCCAUAUCUCUUCAAUGUUGAUCGCAACCCUUUGCUGCGAAGCUUGCUGAAGCAUACGUUUUAUAAGCAAUUUUGCGCUGGGGAGACGGGCGCUGAGACGCAGUGUACUAUGAAGUCGUUGCAGGAUAUGGGAUUCAAGGGAACAAUUCUUACAUUUGCGAAGGAGACGGUUUUUGAUGCCAAAACUGGUAAGGAUCAGGGUUUUGGUAUUGAAGCCUCGAGCUCGAAUGAGUGUCAGUGGUGUGAGAAUAUCGAAGCUUGGAGGGAGGGAACUGUCAAGACUGUUGAGCUACUCCGCGAGGGUGAUCAAUUGGCCGUCAAGAUGACUGGCGCUGGACCCGGAGUCUGCGACGCUUUCGCCAACGGCACCGAACUCCCCAAGCAAUUCGUCGACGCCUGCCACGAGAUCUCCCAAAAGUGCAAAGACCGCGGCGCAUAUAUUCUCAUCGACGCUGAAUCGCAACACUACCAAUGGGGUAUCUUCCGCCUCGGUAUGGAACUCCAACAAAAGUUCAACACCGACGGCAAAGUCGUUCUCUACAACUCCUACCAGGCUUAUCUGAAGAGCACCCAUGACACUCUCGCCAAACAUCUCCAGGCCGCUCUGGACAAGAACUUCACACUGGGCAUCAAAGUCGUUCGCGGCGCAUACAUGGCCUCUGAUCCCCGCUCCCUAAUCCACGACACAAAGCAAGACACAGACGAUUCCUACAACCAAAUCGCCCAGGGCGUUCUCCGCCAAGACUUCCGCUCCUUCGGCACCACCAAACCCUUCCCCUCCGCACAGCUCCUUCUGGCAAGCCACAACAAAGAAUCGCUGGUCAAAGCGCACGAAACCCACCAAGAGCGCACAAAGGCGGGUCUUCCGACUGUUCCGGUCAAGUUUGCGCAGCUGCAUGGCAUGUCGGACGAGGUUAGCUUCGGGUUGCUCAAGCUAAAGGAUGAUGCGGGGGUGGCUCCCGAGGUUUAUAAGUGUACUACGUGGGGUACGCUUCCGGAGUGCAUGGCUUAUCUUACGAGGAGGGCUAUGGAGAAUAGGGAUGCUGCUGCUAGGACGUUGGAUGAGUAUUCGGCGCUGAAGAGUGAGGUUUGGAGACGGUUGGCCUUUUGGAGAUAGAUGAAAAGUGUUUAUAAUUACAAAGAAGUAUUAGUUAAGAAUGGAU